AUGCUUUGUGUGAGGAGUGUAGAUGGGGGAGGAGCAGGUGGCGAUGACGAUACACGUGGGCAGUACCAAUUGGACGUGCCUCCUGGUGCAUCGGCCGCUGUGAUUGUGCCUCUGUCCGCGACCCAAGUUGAGGAGGAGAGCACGAGCAUUGACGAGGAGUUGAUUGAGGAAUGGAUACACCUGGUGAAGAUGACGGGGCAGUGGCUCCGCUACGGCAUUGAGGGUGACCCAGGCACGGCACUGCGACGACGAAGGAAGGGCGGCAGAAGAGCAGGGGCUCAGGAAGGAUCCGAGAAGUUUCAGGUGAUGUCGCAGGCGGACAUAGUGCAUUACGUGGAUGUGAGCGGCGCAUGGGAGCGGCACGAGUGCGAGUGCUGCUACGACCGCGCUGUCAGCUACCGCGCACAGCGCGCGCUCGGCAUCGUCGACCUGGCGCAGUUCCGUUCCAUGAUGCGCACGCCGCUGCUCGACUCCACCCCGCUUGCUCCCCAGGAGCGACCAUGCAGCGCCAUCGUGGAGUACUCGGCGCGAGUGCCCAUGGCGGCGCUGGAGCGGGUGGAGCGGUGGUGCGGCGAGGGGCUGUUCGGCUUCAAGUGCGCCGUGGCGCCCAUUCGCGCCGUCGAGGCGAUGAUCCUCGAGUGGAUGGCGGAGCCCUGUGUGGGCGUGCUCAUGGACCUGGCACGAAUCAGAUCCCGCCUGCCCGCCAUCCUGCCCGCUACAGAUGUCGCUACAGCUGCACCUGCUCCCAGAACAGCUGCUGCCCCUGCUGCUGCCAUUGGCAGUGGCACGUGGGCGACUCGCUGGGCGGCCUACCGCCGUGCUGUGAGCUUCGCGGCCUUCCUGGCGCUGGUGGCGAGGUGCCCGCGCGUGGUGAACCUCAUCAUCUUCGGUGGCGACGCCGCCGUGUAUCCCGCUAUUGCGGGCGAGCUGGGCGCGGGCAGGCAGGUGGAGAGCGACUGCUUCGCGUCCAUGCUAGUGCAGGCGGGGUGGAGAAGGCGCAUGCCGAGGAAAACGGGAGAGGAAGGGCGGGGGGGCGAGGAUGCUGAGAAGGCGCAGGGGGAGGAGGGACAGGCAGAUUGUGAGGUGAUGAAUAGGCGUGGGCGCGUGGUAUAUGAGGAGGAGCGCGGGGGCGUCCGGUUGAUUGUCAUGCAUGUUGAUGGUGGCGGUGCGAGUCACGUAGCGGAUCCAACGCACAGCAGCGCGGCGAGACGAGGGGACGAGCGACGCAGCAGCGGCGCGGCUCAUGGAGGUGCUGGGGAGCAGCAGAGGGGCAGAGGGGGGAGGAAUGGGCAGUGGAGGGAAAAUCUGAAGGGGCGUGAGUGGGAGAGGUAUGUGGAUGGCAUGGCUUGGAUUCUGGAGCAUGGAGAGGGGGGGGGGAGGGAGUUUAGAUGCAGCCACUGCAGUGAGGAGGGCAGGCAGUGCAGUGAGGAGGGCAGGCAGUGCAGUGAGGAGGGCAGGCAGUGCAGUGAGGAGGGCAGCAGCAAUGGUGGUGACGAGCAGGUGAAAGGUGCCCCCAAGGGCAUGUAUGUGAGUGGGGUGAGCGCCACGGACUUGGCUCUUGCUCUAGCCACGGCGCUGUCUCAGUCAGAGAGGUGUGCUGACACGUGCAUGUAUAUCAUGGAUGGCAACAACGCGGCCAAGGGGAAGGUGGAAGAGGCUGCCAUCGAGGAGGCUCGGAGCAGGCUGAGAACAAAGGGGCAGCAGCAGGCAAGCACGAGUGGGGCAGCAGCGAGCACGAGUGGGGCAGCUGAAGCAUCAGCCGCUGCUUACGAAACCCGGCCUUGUGCACGAGUAGAGUGGCAGGAAUGGCCACAUGGCGAUGAAGCUGCUUUGAAGCUUCCUGAUGAUCCCGACGCGAGAUUCUACCAGCUGGGCAUUGUGGAGGAGAGUACAAGGGGAGUGGCGAGUGAGCAGAGGGUAGCAGAAGAAGCAUCAAAGUGUGGGGGGAAGCACAUGAGGCGGAAGGUGCGAGGAGGCAAGGCACCAGGCCAAGGAAGUGACAGCAGUGGGGGUGACACAAACAGAGGGUUUGGCGAAGAGCAGAGGGCCAUUUCUGAUGCAGCCGGCACGGCUGCUGCAUGGUCGCCUGCCAUGAGCAAGCUGCCCAUCGUGCGGUGCGUGAUGGAUGCAGAGUACCUUGUGCAGGCGGCCGGGCAGGUGAUGAGUGCGCCGGCGUGCGCCCAGUGCAUCCACUGCUGGCGCGACUUCAACCUGUGCCUGCCCUCCAUUGCCCUCAUCGCCAAGUUCGCCUACCGCCCCCUCUACGUCCUCUUCAACCGCUUCCUCUCUGUCUUCCCGCCACACUCUGAUGGGUUUGACGAGCUUGUGAAGAUCGUGGGGUUUGUGCCGUUUCCCCCAGGCCCGCCUUCACGCAUCAACCUUGCCAUUCUGCGCGGCGAGGUGGAGAAGCAGCGCGUGUUCUUCCUGCUGCUGGUGGCGCUACUGUGGCCCGCGUCCAUCCUGGACAUGGAGUGA